UCCCGCCCCGCAGGCGGUACCGGAAGUGGCGGGCUGGGAUCAGCCUUUAAGAUGGCGUCUCCUCAGGGGGGCCAGAUUGCGAUCGCGAUGAGGCUUCGGAACCAGCUCCAGUCAGUGUACAAGAUGGACCCACUACGGAACGAGGAGGAGGUCCGGGUGAAGAUCAAAGACCUGAAUGAACACAUCGUUUGCUGCCUAUGCGCGGGCUACUUCGUGGAUGCCACCACCAUCACAGAGUGUCUCCACACCUUUUGCAAAAGUUGUAUCGUGAAGUACCUGCAAACCAGCAAGUACUGCCCCAUGUGCAACAUCAAGAUCCACGAGACGCAGCCGUUGCUCAAUCUCAAACUGGAUCGGGUCAUGCAGGACAUAGUGUAUAAGCUAGUACCAGGCUUGCAAGACAGUGAAGAGAAACGGAUUCGGGAAUUCUAUCAGUCCCGAGGCUUGGACAGAGUCUCCCAACCCAGCGGUGAAGAGCCAGCCCUGAGCAACCUUGGCCUCCCCUUCAGCAGUUUUGACCACUCUAAAGCCCACUAUUAUCGAUAUGAUGAGCAGCUGAGCCUAUGCCUGGAGCGGCUGAGGAAGUGUAUUAGGGAGGAGACAGAAAACGUGGAAUCCUCUAACUGGUGUCUGUUUCCAUCCAGCUCUGGCAAAGACAAGAAUAAAAAUGUCCUUCAGAACAAGUAUGUUCGAUGUUCUGUUAGAGCUGAGGUCCGCCAUCUCCGAAGGGUUCUGUGUCACAGACUAAUGCUAAAUCCACAACAUGUACAGCUCCUUUUUGACAAUGAGGUUCUCCCUGAUCACAUGACAAUGAAGCAGCUAUGGCUGUCCCGCUGGUUCGGCAAGCCAUCUCCUUUGCUUCUCCAGUACAGUGUGAAAGAGAAGAGGAGGUAGGGGCCAGGCUUGCUCCACCCCCUUCCCACCCCUCCCCAGAUAUUUAUGUGAAAUUAACUGUGGCUUUAUUUUUUGAAAUAAAUGCUUUUAAAAAGCA